GCUGCCGUGAUCACGUGACGCGACAGAUUCGGUGACGGGCCGUAUCAGCUGACCCGUGUAAGGAGACAGGUUGAGGGACCGGCUGUUGGGGUGAUCAUCAUGGCGAGUCAGUCAGCGGGAAUACAGCAGCUCUUGCAAGCGGAGAAGAGAGCAGCCGAGCGAGUAGGAGAGGCUCGGAAGCGGAAGAACAGGCGUUUGAAACAAGCCAAGGAGGAAGCCCAGGCUGAGAUUGAACAAUAUCGCCUGCAGCGGGAGAAGGAGUUCAAAACCAAGGAGGCUGCUGCCUUGGGCUCCCACGGCAGCUAUUCUGAAGAGAUGGAAAAGGAGACGGCGCAGAAGAUGUCUGUUAUCCAGGCGAACUACUCCAAAAACAGAGAAGCCGUCUUGGAUCACGUUCUGUCCCUCGUCUGCGACAUUAAGCCGGAAAUCCACGCCAAUUACCGCUUCUGCGGCUAGACAGAGCAGCUAGUGGUCUGUAGGGUCAGCUCGUCUCUCCUCUCCUGUUACUGUCUUCGGUUAUUUAUUAUAUGAUUAGGCACCAAAACCAGAGGUUUCCCAAUAUUUGCCCUGUAAAGUCUAGAGACACCCUUCGUGUUAAAGCGAGUGCUGGAGGAGAGAGGAAAGCUGCAGUAUGAGUCGGUAGCGCACGUUCCGCUAUGUGAGUAACGGGUUUUAUGCUGUGCCGUCUACAAAGGGUUAACGCAUAAGAACAGCCGCGUUCCUGGCAUGUUAAAGGGGAAGUGAAUGGAAGGAGCUGUUGGUAAUGUUCCUGUUCAGCGAUGGAGUGUUGGCUUCGAUCUAAUGCCGUGCCUCUGAUUUCUUCAUCUGUCAGCUCUGCCUUUUAGAAGUAAAAUGAUUUGAGUUUUCCUUGAA